AUGGCGACCACAGACAUAACUGGAGUAUUUCCUGCUCUUAUAUUGAAAGUGAUUGUCAGUAUUUAUAGAGGGAAAACAAACGAACAACUUUGUGAAAGCUAUAGGAGUCGUAUGCCUUACGAUGUUGAAAAGCAUAAGAAUUUGAUAAAUUUCAAGAGAGAUCUUGAACAAUUCUUAGGAUUAAAAAAACAAGCUCAAGGGCUUGGUAUUCCCAACAUUGACAUCAAGCUUUAUCGUUUGGCACGUACGAGUUGUGGGAAGACGGAAAAUUACUUAAUAUGCACCCAAGAACAAUGGAAUGUAGAACUACCGUUACUUUUGGGAGAUGAAAACUCCGAUCUCAAUGGUGAGUCAUGGAUCUUUGGCUGUAUUUUGACCUAUGACACCUAUUUUUGUCUGUUUUUCAGCCAUCAUGUAUUGUGUCUAUUGUGAUAUGUCUGAUAUAUGAUUUGUCUGAUUUGUGGAAAUUUGUACAAUUGCGAAUUGCGGUAUAGGCGUAUAGAGACUUUUCAGACAGUAUAGGUCAGUAUAGGCUAGUUGAUCAAGUUGUCCUGUCCCUAGAUUAGUUGUUUUUAGUCAAUUUUGUGAAUAGAUGUUUACUUUAAGAGAUUAAGAGAUAAAUACAUUUUUCAAAGUGCAAGCAAAAUUUAGCAAGCAUAAUGUUGACCAAUUUCAAACUUUUAAACUGUCUUAAAUGCAGACUUGACAGAAUAGCCUUUCUGGUAAUUACGUCACGACUAACACUGUUUUCAACUUAGGACCACCUUGAAUGGAAUGGAUUUCAAGUUUGUUUCUCACAGGCUAUGGAUAGAGGGGCAGAACAUCAUUCUUCAACACAUGCUUAAAAGACAUAAAAGACCAUAAAAAUAAUUUUGUAUUUUGACCAAUAAACAGGGAAAUAAGCUUAAACACGAAAACGAGGCUGAGGGGCCAUUGCGACCAAUAAAUGUGGAAAUAAGCUUAAACAUGAAAACGAGGCUGAGGGGCAAUGGCCUCGUUUUUGUGUUUAAGCUUACUUCCACAUCAUAGGAAUUAAUUUUAUGCAUGUGUUGACGAAGGAUGUUUGCUUCACUGUCCAUAGCCUGUGAGAAACAAACCUGAAAUCCAUUCUAGACAUUAGAUAGAUAACUAGAUAAGAUAACUUUAUUUUAGCAGGGUGGCCCAUUCAGCACUAGGCUGGUAUCCAUAGGGGCCCUGCUUAUAUAAAUAUAUCUAUUUACACAAUAAGAAAAUAUAAUAAACUAAACUAGUAAUAGUACAUAUAUAAAUGUAUAAUUAUAAAAACCUAAUUGUACAAUGAGUAUUAAUUAUUAAAAACUGUGUCUUUGUAUAAGAGACUUGAAAUUAGACAAGGUCCCUGCCUUUUUAAUUCGAUCUGGAAGAUUGUUAUAAAGCAGUGAUCCCGAGUAUAGAAAAGAUCUCUUGCCCAGACUAAGAUUUGGUUUUGGUAAGUGCAAAUCAUCUUUCCUUCUAGUAUUAUAAGAAUGAAUAUUUGAAUUCCUUACAAAAUAUCCACUUAAAUAUUCUGGGACUAAAUUGUUCAAACAUUUAAAUACUAAAACACACUUGUGAAUUUGUCUACGAGUAGAUAAAUCUACCCAAUUUAAAAUGUCAAACGUAUUUCUGGAGCUGUCUCGUUGUAAUAUUAUUCGUGCUGCACGGUUUUGCAGCUUUUGGAGGCUUUGAGAACACCCAGCAGGCAGCUCGGACCAUACAGCAUCAGUGUAGUCAAAAAUAGGUUGCACCACUGAAUUGUAAACACAUUUAGAUGCCUCAAUUGUCAAGCAAGACCGUAUUCGCGAAAGUAUACCUAAUCGCUUGCUCACUUUGUUGCAGAUCUCUUCCGUAUGUUCUUUCCAUGAUAUUUGUUCAUCUAGCAUUACGCCUAAGUAACUAAACUUUGGCACUCUUUCAACUAGUUUGCCUUGUAGUUGGAUGGUAAAGUCUCCGAAACGACCAAGUUUUUGUUUUGUUCCAAAAAGCAUAACCUUAGUUUUGCUGUAAUUUAAAACAAGUCUACUGGACGUCAUCCAUUGUGCAACACGAUCUAAAUCAUUUUGAAGGGUUUCCAUUAUCUCAUUGGUAUCAGAACCAGAAAAAUAAAUUAUUGUGUCAUCGGCGUACAUACUGAUUGAACAGCUUAAUAGACAUUUUGGCAAGUCAUUUAUGUGUAAGACAAAUAAUAACGGUCCAAGCACAGAUCCCUGGGGAACGCCAUAAUUCAACACACUUAAAUCAUUUAAGGUGGACAAACAGUGUAGUUGUGACGUAGUUACUGGAAAGAUCUAUUCUUAACAGGUCUUAGCUGUCUUAACAGGCUUUGUAAACUUUGGAAUAAGUCGAAUAAGAACUGCUUCCUCCAUUUGUAGCCCUUGUAUGUUGCACUCUACGUCUACGUACAUAUAUCCCUGAAAAAAAUUUGAAAUACUUGAAUAUAUUGAGUCUAUUGAGAUCCAUUCCCGGAAAUUCUAAAAAUUCUGGGUAGCAGCUGCUGUGCAGUAGGUGCUGACAGGACUGACAGAUCUAGAACACACAAAGAAAACUUGGCCAAAACUAAAAUUAGUCAACACACUCUAUACUUACCUGUUGUACCUGGAGCAUGAUUAGUUAUUUUAUAUUUUUAAAGUUCAUGUGAUCCAGAGAGUAGUCAGCUGGUCGGACAAGAGUGUAGUAAUUGUAUCUGUGCCAGAUACACUUAACCCUUCUGGUACCAAUUCAUGUACCAAUAAAAGUUCCACAAACAAUGCAAAGAAAAAUGUGGAACAAGAAAGCUGCACACAAAAGAGUAGCAGAGUUAGAAAAAGGAAAAUUGAAGCUAACGAGGACAAAAAUCUUCAGCAUGACCUAAUGUGUGACCUUAAUGUUGUGCGAAAUGAUAGACAAACUGAGGAAUUGGCAAGACUUCAAGAUGGUAAGCCUCAAUUAAAUUGCUACACAUUUCCUUAAAUGGUCUUAAAUGCAUGCAUACAAACUGGUAAAGUCCCAGGAUGAAUAUAAAUUAUACUUGCUGGACUUGCAGUCUUGCUGUGUUCUUGUAUCUGCUUGUAUAUACUAUAUAGUGAACAAUAGGGAAAUAUAUCAAUUCUAAUAAUUAUACAGUCUACAUAGAAAUAUAGUACAGUAUGUCGUCAUAGACUCAUUGGCAUCUACUGGUACCAUUGAACAGCCGUAACUAAACAUGUUAUUUGGCACCCCCUAACACAAUUUACUUAAUAGUCUUAAUAGAAUGUGUUCUUCUGCCUUUCAGAACUGAAAAAAUUGAGUAACAGCAAAGCACUCAACGAAAUGAAGUUUGUUUCUGGUAUAUGUCACAAGAAAUACAAUAUAAGCGGCAGCCGAACGAUAGAGGGUAAAAUCAGCUACUAUAAAACAAGUAAGAAAUUAUGGUUUAAGACAUUUAAUAAAAGGUCAUAAAUCCUAUUAUAAGUGUAGGUAUUGACAAGUCUGACAGUGAUGUUGUCACUGAUUCUGAAUGGUCCUGAAUGUACAUGGUGAAUGUCUCACUGACAUGAAAUAAUGCAUGUAAAGUAACAUACUUUCUUUUUAUCUUUAUUAAAACUUUCCAAUCUUCCCUCAAUUUCCUUAAUAUUGCAUGGCUUGUAGAAAUAGUGCUGAUUAAUAGUUUUUACUUUUUAGCUCAUUUUGACAAAUGCAUGAAUAAAAAAGAAAAGUUAGCACAAGAUGCAAAGAGAGCUAGAACUCUGGAU